CGGCAAAAGAAGUGAUGGAAGAGAAAAAUAAAAAGGAAAGAAAGGAAGAAAAUCCACGUGAGCGAGGUUCGCACCACAAAAUCCCGAAUUUCACUCUCUUUAGCCUAAAACGCUUUUGGAAUCAUCGUCAUCAUCUCUCAACAAUGCCCGUUGCCAAGCUUCUCCGCGUCCUCUUGGUAGCUUGAGAAGCUCGUUUGAUUCCAUUUUGUCUCUAAUGGCUGCCCUCGCUUCUCCCUCCCUCAUCCCCUCUUCUCUCUGCUUCGCUGCCGCCGCCGAUGGUCCCCGUUCCCUCUCUUCUAAUUUCUCUGCCUUUUCCGACGGCGGUUCCAAUUUCAGGUAUCACAAGAGCUUCUUGUCGCUUUCAUCUUCGUCUUCUUCGUCUACGCCUUAUCGAAAUCGACGGGGCCGUUCCCUCGUCGUAUUUGCUACUUCCGGAGACUACUACGCCACUCUCGGUGUCUCUAAAUCUGCCAAUAACAAGGAGAUUAAAGCUGCUUAUCGACGGCUCGCUCGUCAGUAUCAUCCCGAUGUGAACAAGGAACCCGGAGCAACUGAAAAAUUCAAGGAAAUCAGUGCUGCCUAUGAGGUGCUAUCAGACGAGCAAAAGAGAGCAUUAUAUGAUCAAUAUGGUGAAGCCGGUGUCAAGAGUACAGUAGGAGGAGCUUCUGGUCCUUACACGUCAAAUCCCUUUGACCUUUUCGAGACAUUCUUUGGUGCAAGUAUGGGUGGAUUUCCCGGGAUGGACCAAGCUGAUUUUGGGAGAACCCGCCGCAGUAGGGUUACCAAAGGUGAAGAUUUACGGUAUGACAUCACCUUAGAACUUUCGGAGGCUAUUUUUGGAUCUGAGAAAGAAUUUGAUCUUACGCAUCUGGAGACAUGUGAAGCUUGUGCUGGCACCGGGGCAAAAGCAGGAUCCAAGAUGAGAAUAUGCUCCACUUGUGGUGGGCGGGGUCAAGUUAUGAGAACUGAGCAAACACCAUUUGGCAUGUUUUCACAGGUUUCUAUAUGUCCAAACUGUGGUGGAGAUGGUGAGGUGAUUUCUGAAAAUUGCCGGAAAUGUUCUGGAGAAGGGCGUGUGCGUAUAAAAAAAAGCAUCAAAGUCAAAAUUCCCCCGGGAGUUAGUGCAGGUAGCAUCCUUAGAGUCGCCGGAGAAGGUGAUUCUGGUCCCAGAGGUGGCCCUCCAGGAGAUUUGUAUGUAUAUCUUGAUGUUGAAGAUGUCCGGGGAAUUGAAAGAGAUGGCAUAAACCUAUUAUCUACCCUUUCGAUCAGUUACCUUGAUGCUAUACUGGGUGCUGUUGUUAAGGUGAAAACAGUUGAAGGAGACACUGAACUGCAGAUACCUCCAGGUACACAACCUGGUGAUGUGCUAGUCCUGGCAAAGAAAGGAGUACCGAAACUGAAUAGACCGUCUAUCCGCGGUGACCACUUGUUUACAGUCAAAGUUUCUGUACCAAAUCAAAUAAGUGCUGGAGAACGGGAGUUGCUGGAGGAACUUGCAUCUCUGAAGGACACGUCCAGCAACCGCUCACGAACUCGUGCUAAGCCUCAGCAACCCAGUACUCUGAGCACUGCACCCAGUGGCUCAGAAAACAAGAAAGAUGAAGUUAAGGAGGAAAAUGAAGAACCGGAGCAAGAAAACUACUUGUGGAAUAACAUCAAAGAAUUUGCAGGGUCUGUCGCAAAUGGAGCUCUAAAAUGGCUGAGAGAUAACCUCUAGAGAUCCAUCUUCAACUAACAGUUUCAAUUUGAUGCACAGAUUGUGAGAAGAGGGCGGUUCUCCUCUACCUGCCCCUAGUUCUAAAAAUAGUAGUAGAGAGAUACAACCGGUUUAUCGAGUUGGUUUUGGUAAAAAAAGAAGUGAGAGAAUUGAAGGGUUUCUUACUAAACCGCUCCAUUUAAUUUGGUUGGUCAUUGGUGUUUGAUGGAGUCGUCUUGAGGAAAUGGUUGCAUGUGUUGAUGGAACAUGUUACGUGGAUGAUAAAAAAAGAAAAGUAUCCAAGAGAAGGCUUAUUUUUUUGUGUACUUAUGACAUAUGAUUAUCAGAAAUUACGAAGCCUCUCGAGUUAUUUUUUCAUAUACAGUGCUGCUGCAUUUUUAGCCAUAGGAUUUAGAAAGACAAUUAAGAAGAUCCAGCACUAGCAGACGCAGUACAAUCAUGC